AUAUAAUCUGACUUUUACCGGUUCAUCUCUUUAUACUAGAUCCUUUCUUAAUGCUAACCUUCUGUGUAAAAGGAACCCAAGGAAGAAAAGGAAGGUGCAUUGAUAUAAAAAAGAAAAGAAAUGCCGUCACAGAGUGAAAAGAAAAUCAAUAUACCAAGACGUAACCCGUCUGAAAUCAUCCCGAUAAAGAAGCCGGUCUUCAUCACAGCUGACAAAACCACCUGUGCACAAUGCCCAUGUUUCCCCAAGGAGGAUCGGUAUAUUAAGAAUAAGAAAAUUAAGCCUUGUCAACAAUCGCCUCUGACGUUAUACGAAUUGGCGGCAAAAGUCGUUGACGGUUUGACAUUGACAGAUGUAUUCGACUGGUCGGUAUCUGACGUCGCAAGAUGGCUGACUUAUGACGUGGGUUUACAUCAAUAUACGGAAUGUAUUCUUAAUAAUCACAUUAAUGGCCGACGACUUAUUCUUCUAGAAGAUCCUUCUAAUUUGGCGAAGAUAAAUAUAAGAAACUUCGAACAUAUAAAGACGAUAGCUUCGAAGAUACGUCAACUGUUCCAUAUGGAAAUGAUAAAAUUCUCGAGGAAUAUGAAUUUGCCGGAAAGAAAACCUUUGACUCUGUGUACGCUAUUCAAAUCUCGGACAGGACCUUCCUGGGGGAUCAGAUGGACCUGGAAUAGAUGCGACAUUCUACGUUGGAUGAAGAUAAUUAUGCCAGAACCAGAAUAUAUGGAUCAUUGGGAUCGUGUGUGGCACCAAAAACCGGAUUUUCCAAAAAUCAAAUUCUGUAGAAUAGAGAGACUCCGUUCAACCCCGUCUAAGUACAUCCCCCAAUACGUAGCCCAACCGGAUGUCUGUCGGGAAAUAAUUGUACCACGUAAGUUCAUAAUCCAAAUCGAUAUACCGGAAGCCAAACAAUACAUUUGGAUGGAAAAUAUACCGGAACCAGCUAAGGAGGUGAAGCCAUAUAUUAAAAGACCGCCAGAAACGAGAUUCGCGAUUAAGAAGAUCAGCCUGACGGGUUUAGCUGGCAAGGAGUUGGUGUUGGCCAGACGCAAGAUGGCAAAACCGAAAUUCUUGCCGUAAUUUAAAUAUUUAUUUGACUGGUUUGUUUGAAUUAAAGACAUAUUUAAAUAUCUGA